GUCCACGCGUCACUUGCGCGUCCUUCCGAACUAUCCUAAGCCCCGCGUCCACGCCUCGUGCGUCCUCGUCUCGGCGACGGUGGGUUCGAGGGCGGCGGACGGCAGCUUCUUCUUCCCACUCUCAGCCUCAGGUUCUCUCUCUUUCUCUGGACGAAGGUAGGCCGGAGCCCAACAUGGAGCCUUCUAUGGGCUCUAUGGCAGAAGAUUGGGCUUUGCACCGGGUAUUAGGGAUUGGGAAUGGGGAUUAGGACUCCAUUUCACCAAUUAAAGUUUUUGGUGCUUUUAUGGGUGAACGAGAUUUGGUUGAUAAAGAUAAGUUGAUAUUAAGGGGUUUGCAGUUUCAUGGAUUUCAUGGGGUGAAACCAGAGGAAAAGAAGCUAGGUCAGAAGUUUGUGGUGGAUGUUGAUGCCUGGCUGGAUUUAAGUGAAGCUGGUAAAAGUGACAAUUUGUCUGAUACAGUCAGCUAUACUGAAAUUUACAGCUUUAGGUUGCCAUCUAUUCAUAAAUCAGUCAUCAGUGCGCUUCAAGAAGGCAUGGAUACUUCAAAUUUCAUGCUUUCACCAUAUCCAGACGUGAUGCUUGUCAGUCACAACUCGAAUAGGAUUGUUAGAGAUGUUGUGGAGGGUCCAUCUCAGAAUCUUUUGGAGUCAGUAGCUCAUCUAAUUGCAAAUACCACAUUGCUAAAGUUUCCACAGAUAUCUGCUGUCCGAGUCAAGGUCGGGAAACCUCAUGUUGCUGUCCAUGGAACUAUUGAUUAUUUAGGUGUAGAGAUACUCAGAUACAAAAAGAAUGAGAAACCUGAGUCACUAUGAGCUGCUGUAUGGGAUAUAAAUUAUGUUUGAAGUGAUGUACUGAUGUUUAGGAGCUUGUCUGAGCAACCUCUUGGUUUAAGAAUCUUGCCCGUGCAAACAAGCGGUCUUUUAUGCUUUGGGAAAGCAAUGAAAUUUCUUCUCCUUUUUUAAAAUAUCUAUGAAAUUUUAUGA